AUUCCAAAUUCAAAUGAAAACAACGCUGUGAUGAAACUGUAUUUAUUUUAUUUUUCCAAUAAUUCCAUUUGGUUCAGCUCGUCUCGCGCAUGACAAAAAGUAACGUUGUGUACAAUACUGAGAAUGUUUCAUAUCAUGGGGUGUUCUAAGACUGACUUUCAACGGUAGUCGCCUUCAGCAGUAAUUUUGGAUUGUUUCGCGUGUAGCCUUAGUAAGCGAUGUUUUUAAUUUGGUUGUUUUUCUAUUCGAUUUGGUUCUUGGGAACGGAAGGUAAGUUAAAGUCCAAGGCAGUGUUCGCCGCGAAAUGAUAAAGCGGCACCACUCUUGUGUACAGAUAUGACUGUUGACGAGGAUUGAUUCAUUCACUCAGACGUUGAUUAACACCAUCUUUGAUAAGCACAUAAGCAUUUUUUCCCUAGUUUUUACUACAAUAACAAACGAAAACUAUUUUUCGUUGCAAACAACAAAUAGUAAAAACAAAAUAUGAAUAGCGAACGUGAUGUGACAAUCUCAAAUAAUUCAUUGUACUAAUGUCACUUUCUAAAGGGAAAAUGGGUGGAAUAUUUCGAAUAAAAAUUUGUUGUACGAAAAGAGAAAGAGUAAUUAUUACCUUGAGCAUCGAUUUACAUUUUGAGGGAAAAUCGAUCAAAAUUCAGAAAUGUUCGAAAUGAUAAAACAAGAACUUUUAAUCUCACUUUGUAAGCGUCAAAAUAACUUCAAAUGUUCAACAGGACGAGUUAAAACUCAAACUGAAAUGCAAAUGAAGGUACAAAACACAUGAAUUCGUUUACACUAGUGUAACACACGCAAAAUCUACAAUGGCAGGUAACAUUUGUUUUGUUUCUUCUAUUUUUUUUAACAAAUUUAAAAGGACGCGACUCCAGACGAAAACGAUAGAAAAUCUUAUCAAAUUUAGAGGAUGUUACAUUAUGCCCUCAUAGGUGAUUUAACCUCUCCUUCUGUGAAACUUUUUAAACGAACACAACCUCUGAGAAAAACGAUAAAUUAUUCAUCGAAAAAACAUGCCAAAAUGCAAAUUAGCGUCCGUUCAUUUCUCACUCCGUCAAGAUGAAUGUUUACUAUUCCAAUUUACAUUUCAAGACUUAAAGUAACUUUGUGAUGUGGUAGAGAAUAUUUCGCUUUUACAACCUUCAACUUAUUUUCCAAUAUACAUUCAAAGAACGAGUUACUUUGUUUUUCAGUAUGCGAAAACAAGUACUUUUUGUAGGUUUGUCUCCUUAAGUAUUAAGUACGUAUGUUUAAAACCUUCUGGUUAUGUAACUUUUGUGGGUCUCUUUCAGCGAUAUUGGAACAAGAUUUUAGUUUUUCAAAUUAGUCACAACGCGUUCUGAUAGGGGGAGCCAAUUUUGCAGACGGCUGCCGGACUUCCCUAAGUGGAAAAGAAACGUUUUACGAAGUAUUAGGUUUUCUUAAUUUCGGCCUUGAUAUUCUUGUAGUAGGGCGCAUUAGAGGAAGGUAAUUUGCAGGACCACUUUGAUUGUAGUUGAAGCCGUUGAAGCCAAAAUUAUUUUGUUUUCCACCGGACCAAAUAUCUUUCCUCUGUAAAUUGUUAUUCUAUUCUUGUAUAAUAGCUUGUGGCUAGGUCCUGUAAGGCUCUGCCGGGAUACGCUGGGGAAUGAGGUGCCAGGUUUUCGCUUCAUCUGUUUGAUCAUUCUUUAGCCAGGUUCCGUUCCAUAAGGGGUGAAUUCCGAAACAUCAUCCUCGGCGAAAACUUCGUGAUAGCUUCCCAGCGGAAAUUUUCAUUUAAAAAGGGAACUAAGAUCGUUUAAAUCUGCUUAACGAGGCCAGAGAUUCUCUCUCGAAAACACAACAAAAUUCGACAUUCAAUACGAGCCAGCCCUGGUAACGAGCUUUUAAGGAGAGGCGGCCCCAUAAUGAACCUUGACAAACAGACCAGUAUAACAGUCUUAAGCAAUUGCACAGGGGCGGACAGUUUAUGUGACUUAUCUCGUUUAUGCAGGACGUCACUCCAGGUUUAUCAGCGUCCCUUCCAAUCCAACUUUUUCGCAUAGUGGAAACAAUGUGACAUUGAUAUGGCGCUAUCACUUAAGUCAAGCUGACAGGGCUAAUUUCCACCGACUACUGUUUGGUCAGUGGAGCGAUGGCGAUAUUUCAACACCCUUGAUGAGCUUGUCAAAGAAUGGAAGUUUGGUUUCGCGCUCCAAACGUAUUGAAUGGAUUGGAAACAAAACUACAGCCGCAUUUCGACUUUAUCGUGUGACUGCUCAAGAUGGCGGAGAGUACGGUUGUAUGUUAGAGUUCUCAGGGGCAUUUACUGUGCGUCAUACAGUACAGCUUGCAAUAGUUGGUGUGUAAAUGACUAGUCUCUCACAGUUGUCGUAUUGUAUUGGGAACUCUCUCUUAUUUUUUUCUUAACUAAUUAUUUACGGCAUAUUUUGCGAUAAUGUACCCUUAUGGUACAGCGCUGGAGAUAACUCCUCAAGACAAUUUUUAUUUUUCAGGUAAUCUAAUUGGGCCACUUAAUAAAUUAUUCAGUAUUUUUAUAAAGUGUUCAUCGACAUUAAAUGACUGUUUCGGAUAUUUUUUUUUGUGCUAUUAUCAUUUUGUAGCUCCACCGCAAAUCAAAGAGAAAGGCAGCAACAUAGCGAAAGUGGAGGCUUCAGUAGGUACCUCUGUCGUACUACCGUGUCACGUGACUGGCAAUCCUCAGCCGUGGAUUUUAUGGCAACGAGAUGGACAAACAUUGCAGAACGGCACAAUAUUGAGUGACUUAAUAAUACCAGGUGUUCUUGCAAAUAUGACGGGAUUGUACACCUGUAUCGCUGGCAACCAAGCUGGAAUUGAUAAAUAUCAAGUGUUGUUGCUCGUGACGUCAUGCGGGCAUUCUGGUGAUAUUACACAUCUCGCCCAAGGUAAAUUCACACCCAGGAGACUGUGCUUUAACAUUUGUCGUACAUUCACAUUUUAAACAGAUUUAGCAUUACUAUGACAUUAUGCAGUUACAAUGCAACUGUAUUUGAUGUUAUUGCUCGUAAUGUUGCAAUAAUGUAAAUAAUCUACUGCUUCUUAUCUCGCAGUUAAUGCUAUUAAUUAUCAAAAUAGUGUGCUUAAGUUUAUACUUCUUCCAGAUUCACUGCACCAAGACCACAAUCAUGGUAUGGACACCCCAGCCAGCUUCACCCCAACAAUAGUAGUUUGUGUGAUUUUAUUCUCCAUCUUUGGCGCCUAUUUCUUUUUCCGAUCUGCUGGAGAAAGAACCAAGAAGCUCAGGUACGAAAAUCUGUACUGUUGGAAUGCAUAAACGGUCCUCUCAUUUUGUGCUAAAGAACCUUCAGUUUAUUUUUGAGUUGUCACUUAAUAGUUUAUAAGGAGUUGGAGGAUUUUAACAAAGAGCCAUUAAAACAGGCAACACCUGCGAUAAAGGUAACAUCCAAGGGCUGGUGGAGGUAUCCGGCCUCAAAGCUUACGAUUGCUAGUCGGAUAUCUCACCUUGGAUGAGGUGAAAAGAGCUGAUCGAUAACAAAGAAUUUUAGCUAAAUUGACGUACACAACUUGAAAGAGAUGAUUAAUUCUCAGUUUUAAGCUCUACAUUACUUACCGCCAGAAGGUGACAUCAAGCACAAAAAGUUGAACAUAACCAUACUAAACGUAAAUAUUUCCGUUCAUUACAGGAAAUACGAUAGAAUGCCACAGGAUGAACAGGCAAGAAGCCUUAUGGGUGAAUGGUCGAACUUCGCCGACAAUGGUGAAAAAAUUUGAACACUUAACCUGCAUAAAUGACAUAUUACCCAAAAUCAGCCAGAAGUUUUGCUUUCUCGCCUGUAAUUUAUUCGUCAGAACUCAUUAAAAUUUAUUUGGAGCCUCAACGAUGAAAAACCCUACGCAUUCAAUUCAAUGACUUUAUCGAUCUUGAGAGUGGCAAUUAUUAGAAGAUUGCUUUUGAGAAGACUGUGGUGGACUGAAGUUGGUGUCAGCAGUACAGGAAUGCAUGUUAACGCGUGAUUCGAACUAAAGUGUGUGCAGGACUGUUCAUUUCCAAAGGAGUUAACGUCUAAAAUGCGAGGAAGUAGACAUUCUGGGUCAGCAGUAUCCCAGCAUUUCUAAGGCUAUACUACUCAAAACACCUACGUCCUUCCUCCUUAGGGAGAAUAAUUUAAAUCGAUUGCGAGGAAAAGACGCACUUCUCGUCAAUUCUGUUGA